GUAUAGAUUAUAGUACAAUUUCUUUAAAAUAGUUAACAAACUAAAAAGAAGACAUAAAAUAUAAGUUGAAACUUAUUUGGUUCCGAGGUAUAGUUUACAACAAUAAGGAGCUAACCAACAUAAGGGAUGUCUGGUUCGAAGAAAUAUGGGCUAAUCAUGCCAGAGAAAGCACAAACAAAACAGCCAGUGUUCCAAUCAGCUCGUAAUAUCUUUGGUAAUGAUUCUGAUUCUGAUGAUGAAGCCAUCAAGAAACCUGUUUUAUUGCGGCCUAGUGACAACAUCAACAGACAAGCUAAAAAAGCACAACAAAAUGCUCUAAUGGAAGACCCAACAGUUUAUCAAUAUGAUGAAAUAUAUGAUGCUAUGGUUAGUAAAAAGGAUGAAAAAAAAGUUAAAACAACAGAAGAAAAAAAACCUCGGUACAUUGAGAACCUUUUAAAAACAGCAAAUAAGAGAAAGCUCGAAAAUGAGCGUCGCAUUGAACGACAAAUUCAGAAGGAGCGAGAAAAAGAAGGUGAAGAAUUUGCUGAUAAAGAAGUUUUUGUUACAUCUGCUUAUAAGAAAAAAUUAGAAGAAAUGAGUUUGGAAGAAGAGAAAGAAAAAAGGGAAGAAUAUUUGGAAAGUAUAGGAGAUGUAACGAAACAAAGGGACUUAGGUGGUUUCUAUCGUCAUUUAUAUGAACAAAAAUUGGGUCCAGAUGAAAAUACUGUCAAGCCAAAUAAUUUAUCAAGUACUAAGCAAGAUAAAUCGGACAUUCAUAAUAGAAAAGAUUUGGAGGUCAAACUUGAAGAAACACAAAGAAAGGAAGUUCCUAAAAAAAGGAAUUAUAGAAAACGAAAGACUUCUGAUGAGAUUACUGAGCAACUCUCUGAUGGUGAAAUUGCAGAUUCUGGUGAUGAAAUUAAUCGGUUAAAUCUAAGUGAUAUUCGAUCAAAGAGAUUGAAAAAAUGUGAAGAAAAUAUUGAUGCCGAUUCAGAUUUCUCAAUUGAAGAAUCUAGUGACGAUAAUGAAGAUGAUUCCAAUAAAAAGGCUGACGAGAAAAUUUCUCACGAUUCGCCUAACAACAAUGAGCAUCAAAAGAAAAAGAUAAAUUUGGAUGAAAAAGCAGAAAAAUCGGAUACCAAGAAGAGUGAACCAACAAUUGAGCCAAAAACUAAAAUUGAUAUUUGGAAAAAAAGAACUGUAGGCGAAGUAUUUGAGCAAGCCUUACAAAGAUAUUACGAGCGAAAAGCAACUAGAGGAUAUUAGAAUUUUAGGUAAAUAAAAUCAAUGUUGUCUGA